AUGAGGACGGACCUUAGUAAGUUCUUCUUGAGGAACAACUUGAAGCUGAGUCCUGACUGUUACGAGGUUUCUCAAGAGUGGUUGCUCUCCCUCGUCGUGGAUAGGUUGAUUGAUUCCAAUACUAAAUUCAAUUGUCCACUGUUUGGAACUGUGGAUGAUGUUGAAGCAGCUAAUGCAAUUGGAAGCAAGUCAUAUAAUGCUUCUCAAGGCGACCAGAACCCGGAAGAUGAUUCUGUUGAUUUUGCUGCGGCAUUAACCACUGCUGCUUUAGGGGUUCCUUCACCGUGUCUUUUGAAAACAAGAUCUUUCGAUUAUGGAGGGGAACUUUAUCUUUUGGCUACAGAUCAAGGUUACCUGAAUCAGCCUGAUUUGGUUUGGGAAAAGCUAAACGAGGUACGAAGAAGCAACUACAGGCCAUCAUUCGCUGCAGCGUCUGCGUCUCCAAGACACGAAGGCAAAUCUUCUAAAGAUAGCAAAUGUAGAAUAAUUUGGUUUAUUUAA